AUGCCUCCCACAGCAGACGAAAUAAUCAAACUACUCUCCCUCGACCCUCACCCCGAAGGCGGCUUCUUCCGCGAAACAUUCCACGAUGAGCCCAUUCUCCCAACCUCUCCGCUAGAUACAAUCUCCGGCACGCUCUCAUCCAACGCACCUACAGCCCUGCACAACCGCGCCGCCAGCACGCUAAUCUACUACCUUCUCCCUUACCCACACUUCUCCAGCUUACACCGCAUCGACGCCGCCGAGGGCUGGCACUACUACACUGGGACCAUCGCGCUGGAGGUGGUUGAACUGGACCCGCCUAUUCUAUCCGCGGAAGGAUCAGUCACAGGUUCAGCAACGGGCAAAUCGGCACAGCCACUCAGAGUGACGCGUCUGGGCGUUGAUUUUGCCAGUGGGGAGAGGCCUCAGUACGUAGUACAGAAGGGGAAGUGGUUUGGAGCACGGCUACCGAAGGAAGCCAAGGAGGGAGACUGGGUGCUGGUAGGGUGUAGCGUGGCGCCAGGGUUUGUGUUCGAGGGCGGAUUUGAGAUGGGGAGAAGGGAUGUGCUGGAGAGGGAAUUUCAGGGCGUAGGGAACGAGGAAGUCGCGAACGUUAUUCGGGAGAUGUGUCGGGAAUAG